AUGUUCAUACAAUCUCUACGAAGUGAUUUGGCUAGUGGAACCGAGAGCUAUGACAUUCCAGUGUUGCGUAUGAAAGCCGCAGCGGUUGGAGACAACCAAUUUGUGUAUGUGAAACUUUUCAAUCCAAGGAUCUCCAUCACAUUCACAGUGUAUGCUCUCAACUCAUAUGUGGUGGCCUAUCAAGUAGAUGCAGCAAUGCGUUGCUACUUCUUUAAAGAAGCUCAUGCCAAGUCCCAAUCCUUACUUUUCAAUCAAUUUGUUAUCCAAAUGGUUGCAGAGGCUGCUAGAUUAAAAAAUAUUCAGCAAAUAAUGGAGUGGAACGGCUUUCAGUCAGGAUUUCUCCCAGGAGGAUAUAUUAUUAGCUAUGAGAAUAAAUGGGAAGAUCUUUCCAAAGCAAUCCAGCAAUCUAAAGAUGGAAAAUUUUCUGCACCAAUUCAAUUGCUAAAUGAAGACUAUACUCCACACAAUGUGUCCACGGUUUCAGAAGUGCAAAAAGACAUGGGACUCUUGCUGAAUGUAGCCACAAUGAUGAGCCAAGAAAGCUUUGACCAAAGAGCUGCUACUAUAUGA